AUGACCGGUCAUCGGGGUCCCCUAGACACGUUGAGCGUGUACAAGGACAUUUCCAGUCGUCUCAUGAACACCAACGCGCCGCUGGACCUCGAAGGGCAGCGCCAGCAGGUCGGGAGGCUCGGUGACUUGGCCACUGAGCCUACGGAGGUGACCUACGAGGAGGAGAAGGUGCCCGGCAGCAACCUGCCCGCCAUCUGGGUCAAGCCCGUGCACGCGAACCCGUCGCAGGUGAUCCUCUACUUCCACGGCGGCGGGGGGUUCGCGGGCUCGCCGUCGAGUCACCGCAAGCUGGUCGGCCACCUGGCCAAGCGGGCCGGCUGCUACGGCCUGGUCACGGAUUACGCCCUGGUGCCCGAGUGUCCGCUGCCCGCGAACCGGCUGGACGGACUGGCGACGUGGAACUGGCUGACGGGUGAAAAGGGGUUUGCGCCCAACCAAAUCGCGCUGGGGGGCGACUCCGCCGGCGGUAACGUCGCCACGGGGGUGGCUCUGGCGUUGAAGGAGCAGCACCAACCGCUGCCGGCCGCGGUCGUGGCCUUUUCCCCCUGGAUCGACAUGGAGAAUCUCGGCGAGUCGCUCAAGAGCAACGCCGACACAGACUUCCUCAGCCCGCCCGGCAUGGCCGACAUGGCGGUCGCGAUGUACCUGGGUGGGACGACAUCGCCAAAGGACCCCUUUGCGAACCCUCUGUACGCCGACUUCACCGGCAUGCCGCCCAUGAACAUCUCAGCCGGGGGUGCCGAGACGUUGAGGGACGACGCGGUCCGGCUGGCGGAACAUGUGAAGAAGGCCGGUGUAGAGACCGAGCUGGAGAUUGUCCCCAACGGGCAACACGUCUAUCACUUUGCGGUUGGCAGGGAGCCUGAGGCGACGCGGACGGUCGAAAACGUCGGUGACUGGCUUCAUGCGAAGCUGAAUUAG